CCCUGCGAGCCGCCGACAUGAAAAAGACGUGCGGAUCCUCCUGGUGGGAGAACCUAGAGUUGGGAAGACGUCACUGAUUAUGUCUCUGGUCAGUGAAGAAUUCCCAGAAGAGGUUCCUCCCCGGGCAGAAGAAAUCACCAUUCCAGCUGAUGUCACCCCUGAGAGAGUCCCCACACACAUCGUAGAUUACUCAGAAGCAGAACAGAGUGAUGAACAACUUCAUCAAGAAAUCUCACAGGCUAAUGUCAUCUGCAUAGUUUAUGCUGUUAACAACAAGCACUCUAUUGAUAAGGUAACAAGUCGAUGGAUUCCUCUCAUAAAUGAAAGAACAGACAAAGACAGCAGGCUGCCUUUGAUAUUAGUUGGGAACAAAUCUGAUCUGGUGGAAUAUAGUAGCAUGGAGACCAUCCUUCCUAUUAUGAACCAGUACACAGAAAUAGAAACCUGUGUGGAGUGUUCAGCAAAGAACCUGAAGAACAUAUCAGAGCUCUUUUAUUAUGCACAGAAAGCUGUUCUUCAUCCGACAGGGCCGCUGUACUGCCCAGAGGAGAAAGAGAUGAAACCAGCCUGUAUAAAAGCCCUUACUCGGAUAUUCAAAAUAUCUGAUCAGGAUAAUGAUGGCACUCUCAAUGAUGCUGAACUCAACUUUUUUCAGAGAAUUUGUUUCAACACUCCAUUAGCUCCUCAAGCUCUGGAAGAUGUCAAGAAUGUGGUCAGAAAACAUAUAAGUGAUGGUGUAGCCGAUAGUGGAUUGACACUGAAAGGUUUCCUUUUUUUACAUACACUUUUUAUCCAGAGAGGGAGACAUGAAACUACUUGGACUGUGCUUCGACGAUUUGGUUAUGACGACGAUCUGGAUUUGACACCUGAAUAUUUAUUUCCCUUGCUAAAAAUACCUCCUGAUUGCACUACUGAAUUAAAUCAUCAUGCAUAUUUGUUUCUCCAGAGUACUUUUGACAAGCACGAUUUGGACAGAGACUGUGCUUUGUCACCUGAUGAGCUUAAAGAUUUGUUUAAAGUUUUCCCUUACAUACCUUGGGGGCCAGAUGUGAAUAACACAGUUUGUACAAAUGAAAGAGGCUGGAUCACCUACCAGGGAUUCCUUUCCCAGUGGACGCUCACAACCUAUUUAGAUGUGCAGCGAUGCCUGGAGUAUUUGGGUUACCUUGGCUAUUCAAUAUUGACUGAACAAGAGUCUCAAGCUUCAGCGAUCACAGUAACGAGAGAUAAAAAAAUAGACCUUCAGAAAAAACAGACUCAAAGAAAUGUAUUCAGAUGUAAUGUAAUUGGGGUGAAAAACUGUGGGAAGAGUGGAGUUCUUCAGGCUCUUCUUGGGAGAAACUUAACGAGGCAGAAGAAGAUCCGUGAUGAUCAUAAGUCUUACUAUGCGAUUAACACUGUUUAUGUGUAUGGACAGGAGAAAUACUUGUUGUUGCAUGAUAUCUCAGAGUCGGAAUUUCUAACUGAGGCUGAGAUCCUUUGUGAUGUUGUAUGCCUGGUAUACGAUGUCAGUAACCCCAAAUCCUUUGAAUACUGUGCCAGGAUUUUUAAGCAACACUUUAUGGACAGCAGAAUACCUUGCUUAAUCGUAGCUGCAAAGUCAGACCUGCAUGAAGUUAAACAAGAAUAUAGUAUUUCACCGACUGAUUUCUGCAGGAAACACAAAAUGCCUCCACCACAAGCCUUCACUUGCAAUACUACUGAUGCACCCAGUAAAGAUAUCUUUGUUAAGUUGACAACCAUGGCCAUGUACCCAGAGGAUCAUUACAGAGACAGACUCUCCCGAGACACGGGCAACACUGAUAGAAUAGAGAAUUUGAGAAAAAUCUGGGUCUUUCUAAAAACUGCUUUCCAUGCCCGGUUACGCUGUAUGUGCACCUGCAACAGGUGUACAUUUUGCAUCUGUCAGAACUUCCUCAACUCAGACUUGCUGCAAUCUGUAAAGAACAAAAUCUUCACUGCAGUUCUUAACAGUUUUAGUUCUACCCUUUAGAACAACAUACGACUCUUCUACUCCCUCCUCAGCCUAGCAAUCCUUCAGACAUUUGAAGACGGCCAUCAUGUCUCCCCUAAUUUUCUCUUCUCCAGGUAGAACAUCCCCAUUUCUUUCAGCCUUUUCUUGAAUUAGAUAGCUUAGUGACCUCAUCAUUCCUGGUUGUCCUCAUCUGAAAGCCCCUUAGUGUUUGGAGUACCUUUUAAAAAGUGCCACUGAGAAUGGAGAACAGUGCUCCAGGUGUGAUCUGACUAGUCUGGAGCAGUGGGCAGUCAUGUUCCAGAGUUAGGACAGCACCUGUCUACUAACGUGAUGUUAACUUUUUAGCAGCCGCAUCCCGCUGUUGAUGCAAAUUAAUCUCAGGGUAAAUUGAAAUCAAAUUUUUUUCAUAUGAACUGCUAUUAAGGCAGUGUCCCUUCCUCUUUAAUUGUGCAUUUGAUAUUUUUAGUUGGCUCUUUGAAUAUAAAUGCUGAUACAUAUAUAUCUCUAUUAAACCUCAUAUUCUUCUUUUCUAUCCAUUUGUUCUAGCUCAGUCAUUUCAAACAUUAUUUCUGUCACCUGUCCCAUUGUAUAUCUUUCUCAGCACUGUGUCAUUUGCAAAUUUGGUAGAUAUGUCUUCUUUAUCUUUCAAGUAAUUGAUAAAAAACAAUGUCAAAUAUCCAGAGACUGGAGAGAGAGCAAGCUCAAGCAUGCAAGCCAGCCCCUUAGUGUUCCCCUGGAGAACUCUUUUCCCAAUGACACAGUUUAGAAUUCUUGGGGAAAGAUUAUUUUGUCAAUUAAAAAUAUUUUAUUAUCCAGCCCACAUUUUAUCUGAUUAUCUUACAAGAGAUUUCAUAGGGGGCUCUUCUGAAACCAAUAUGUAACUUAUAUCACAUUCCUCUGAUCUACCAAUGUAGUAAUUUCAUCCAAAUAGAAAGUGACAUCUAUUUGGUGUCUUAUUCUUGGUGAACUCACCUUGGCUCUUACUAAUUGCUGAUCACAAACCAUCUAUUUUAUUCUGGAAGCUCUUGAUUGUCCAUAAUUGCAGACUGAUUCAUUGUCUGCAUCUUGAGUGACAGUUUUAGUUGUAGGUUGGUUUAGUCAGCUCCCCAAUGAAAUAGGUGGGGUUUGCAUUAAUGGAUGAGAUUGCUCAUAGGAAAGUACUCUGUAUGUUGAUCCUCGAAGAGAAAUCGGUGCAUUUUGGCAUACCUAUUUAUAAACUAGAAGUAAUUUGAUGGUAAUGUCAGCAUACAUCGCUGACAUCUGAUAAUCGAGAAUGGAAAGAAUGAAAAAGAGGAGGAGGGAAACCAGCAUACUCCUUCCUGUUCCCUGGUAGUAUUUCAGUAAUUUUUUUUAUUGCAGUACAGUGGAAAUUUAAGAGUUCUGUACUGAAGUUUCUUCUAGUUUGCAAAAGGAUUGUAGAUGAGAUAGAUGAGGGUGGAGGCCAGAAACUUAAGUGCCUACUGGGUCUGGAUGGAUAAUGUAAGUGAAAGAAGGUGGCCAAGGAUAGGAAAUAAAAGAGGUGGGAACUACGACACGUCCUGUCCAAAAGAGGCAGCCACCACUUGGCUCUGGCCAUUGGCUGUUGUCCAGGCCUGGUGUUCCCAGGAUUUGUGAUUCUCUGAGACACUACAAGUCAGGAUAUUUAUAUGCAAUUUACUGAUCUUUAAAUAAUGAUAAUUAAAUUUUUAAAGUUGGAAGUACUAAUCAAAACAAAGAAAGCAUGUUUACAGGCCACAAGUUUGCACCUUCAGUCUUAAGAUAUAGCUUAGAGUUCUGAAAAUGCAGGCAAAAAAAAAAGUAUACCUAAGCAAUGAAAAUGUCUCCUCUAAACACCCCCACAUACAAUUUUACCUUUUUCUCUUCAAAAACUUGAGUAAGUUGUGAGGUGAUGGGGUGAGAAUGGAACCACUUACCCUAUUAUUUUUUGGGUUCUGGCAACCUUUGGUGGUUGGUCACCAUUGGUUUGCCAUGCUAGGUAUGCCUUAAUGUUACAUAAACUGAAAAAGGAUUCAUUGAUUGAGUAAAAGUCAUUUAAGAAUUUUUCAGUGUAAAUCAAUGGGGAGGAUUCUUACUCAACAAUAAGUCUUAAGUCUUUAGUUUUAGAAAUCUGCCAUGCCUAGUGUUUGAUUUAGAAGUAUAAAUGAGCAGUUUCAUUAAAUGUCUGCAAAUAAAUUAAUAGGCAAAUAUUGGUACCUCCAUGUUGGUCUCAAAUUAGUACGUUGUCUUAGUGUGCUUAUAAAAGAUUUUGGUCACCUAAAUAGAAAUUACUUCCAGAGAUAAAACAUAAUUUGGGGCCACAUUCCCCUCUUUAUGUCAUCUUCCCACCACUUUGGUUCAUGCACUCAAGUACUCAAGUACCUACUUUAGAUAGGAUCCUGCUUUGAGUGGGGGCAAAAUAUAGAUGAAAAAGAUACAGACUGUAUUUAAAUACCUUGCUAAAUAUUAUGUUAAAUUUUUUUUUAAACUUUGGUUAUAUUUCCGUGACAUUAUGCUAACAAAGGAAGUGCUAUAUAACCUGAUCAUGAGAGGAUUUAUGCCUAAUCAAUUAAUUAUACUUAAACAUUUUCAACAGUUCCAACAUAUCUGAAAUUGUACAUUUUUCCCCUGGCUAUCUGUUUUUGACCAGAAGAGGCUGACUUUGUUUUUAGCUUAUUUACUGACACUACAUAUUUUAAGCAGAAAGUAGUAAUACAUUUUUUCUUUCGAGUUUAAUUGAAUGUAUAUUGAUUUCAACAUGUGAGAGAAGUGUUCACUUACAUAUCUGACAUGUAACUUUUUCUUUGGUAAUUAUGGUCCUAGCCUUUAGAUCUGGAUAGGUUUAUGUUUUUCUUUAGAAUAAUGUAUAAAUAGCUGGAAUUAUUUGAAUUUAAAUACAUUUGGAGGAUGAUUAAUCUGUGGCCAGAUGAUUUAACCUUUGGCAAUGCUUUCAUUUGAAAAAGUGUAAUUCAUGUAAUUGGAGAAAAAUACCUUUUGAUUAUAUUUUAAUUUUCAAAUACCUUUUAAAUCUGAACGGUGUUAAAAUGAUUUUGUAGGAGUGGGCUUGAUUGUUGGUUUGAACUACCCAGAAAUUUUAGUUUAUUAAGUAUUUAUUAUUUUGACUUCAGAACACUCCGACUUUGCAUGAGGAUGUUACUAUACUGUAGUGUGCUAUGGCUUUAAUUUGUCCCUUCCUUUAGAUGUUCAUUUUCAUUUGUUUGUGCCACUUAGUCAUUUUUUUUAAACUCCUCUUGAUCCCUUUCCCAGCUAGGUUUCAGUGUAUAACCCUUCCACUUCUAACCUAGCAUUUCAUCAGCACUGUUUAUUUUACAAUGUAUUAUUUUGAUGUGGUUUCCUUUGGCGCAUAUUUUGGUUUUAGGAUUUCUUUCACCACGUUUUUGCAUUUGCACUAGCCGUAUAAAUUAUUUGUUCAUGUUACUCCUUAAGUUUGGCAAUAGCAUUUUUACUUUAGCAACAAAGUGUGUAGUUGACACUGAGUAUUUACAGAGAUCCAAAGUUAUGAUGGACGGUCAUCAUACCCAUUGUAUUUUUUAUUCCUAUUUUUAAUGUAUUUUUUAAAAUUAGAUGAUGUGACACUUAUUUUAAUCCAUUGAUUAAUGAUGUCAUUUGCUCAUAUUGCUUUAAUAAUCACCUAUGUUCCUCUACAUAGUUUCAGAUCACAUUAUUUAACACAGGAGCUCUUUUUUUUUUGAAGAAGGGAUUUUGUUGUUGUUACACCAAAAUGAACUGUCUUUUCACAGGAUUGCCUUAUAAAGAGGAUAGGUUCCUAGAAAUCUUAACGUUAUAGAGAUUCUCUUGGGAAUGUUGAGUGCUUAGGAUAUUAAGUUACAGUAAAAUAUUGUAUUUUAAGGAAGUGCAUCCCGUGUUUUACUUUCAUAUGAAAUGUCUAUGUUCAUGUGGAAGAUCCUUACAAGGCUUUUCUUUGAAUUUGGAUACAUAAUACAUAGUUGUACAUUUAAAAUUACACUAGAGCUUGUGUUACAGAGUCUCAUUAUGUAAGCUGCUGCUGCUUAUAAUUUAAAACUUUUUUGCUAUUUGGUUAGUAUAUUAAAGGACACAACAGGGUGGAGUUUACCUAUUCUGACCUUUAAGUAUCAGUAGUUAACGUAUAGAUAUUGUGUGUUUCCCAUGUAUCUGCAAUCAUCUAUAGGUUUUUAUUAUUCUGAUGCUUAGUGAAGCAUUAGCUUGACAUUGAUGCACACCUGUGUCCUUUUCCUAAGUAUGUUACUAUUCAGGCAUGCUCAGUUAACAGCUUUCUUACGAUUUGUGUUGCAAUUCAUCUUAGUUGGAUAAUGUGUUGAUUUCUUGACCUAUUUUGAGGACUAUAUUAUUAAAAUAUUUCAUGCCUACUAGUUCAAUUAAGAGAAUUGUCAUUGUUAAAAUUAUUAUUAGCAGUAAUGGCAUUAUUAUUAGAAAUAAAUAUUUUAUAAAGCUUCACCAGGUAGAAACUUUGAAAGAAAUAAAAUUAGGGAGAUCCAGAAGACUUAAAACAAAAAUUUGAAAACAGAAAACUUAACUAUAGCUUUGGUGACCGCAGUACAAUUUUCAACUUGAGAUAUGUAAUUGCAACUAGGGAAAAGCUAUGUAUGAUAUCUAUAAGCCCUAGUAACUUUGUUAUUUGCAUAUACUGUUUCAAAGUAUUAUGUUACCUGGGAGGACUGAUAAAGGUGACUGGGUGGAACUGCUCCUCCUGCAGUCUCUAACUUCCCUGCUUUUGAGUAUGUUCUGAGCUUUGUUUCCUCUGCAUAACAGCCUGCAGUCUGAGGCGAGGCUAAUAGAUGUCUGGAGCUCUCUGAAUGCCCCCUCUUCCUCAGAUUCUGACUUUUACAGGCGCUUAGGGCUCUGCAGUGCAGGCAGACCUCAUUGUAUUGUGCUUCACUUCAUUGCGCUUUGAGGAUAUGACGGUUUUUACACAUUGAAGGUUUGUGGCAACUCUGCAUUUUCAGAUGAAGCUUAGCAUUUUAAAGCAAUAUUUGUAGUAUUUUUUAAUUAAGGUGUGUAUGUUGGGGUUUUUUUAAACAUAAUGCUAUUGUACACGUAAUAGACUACAGUAUAGUAUGAACAUAACUUUUCUGUGCAGUGGGGAACCAGAAUAUUCACAUGACUCACUUUAUUGCAGUAUUCACUUUAUUAUGAAACUGACCCCAUGGUAUCUUUGAGGUAUGCCUGUGUCGUUUCUAUAUCCCAUGUAUAAAGUGUUGUAACACAUUAUAUAGAACAGUAUUAAAAUAGCUAUUUGGGACUAGCUAGAAUGGGUUUAAUUACAUUGAACCCUUUAGACCAAUUAUUUUGUUUCUAGAUGUUGCAAUUGACAACAUUCCCUUUAUUUGUUACUGGUUAAAUACACUGAACCAAUAAAGAUUUUAGUUCAUGUUCUUAUAUUUGCCAUAAAUUGCAGAGUUCAUCAAAGCAUCUUGUAUACCUUCUUUAAGGCAUUCUCUGCAAAGUACAUAGGAAUUUUGGCCACUCUGUUACAUACCUUACGUGACCUUCGCACAAAGUUUUAAUUUUCCUCUUUAUUGCCUGAAUUUUGAAGCGUUUCCUUCUCUCUGCCUUAAUAAGUAGCAACCUCAGUAACACCCAGGCCCUGGCAUGUUGAUUGACUCCCACACCUGUGUCAGGAAGCACUUGUCAUUCGAUCACUGUCUGGGCCCUCGGCACUUCUGAGACGGAAAGCCAGCAUCCAGUACACAGAAAUUUCUACCUAAGAACUCAAAAGCUCUGACAAGCUUCUCGUGAUUAAUUAAGGUUAUAUUUCAGCGUCUAGUUGUUCUUUCUUAUGUUCUAAAAAGAGAUACUGCUGAACCUAAAUUAUCUUAUUCCACAUAGAGUGGGGAAAUGUGAUUCUGAUACAUCAGUAGAUCAGGAAAAAAGAACCUUUAUACACACACACCCACAUAAACACACAUACACACAUUUUUGACCUUAUAAUACUCAUUUUGGGGAAGUCUAUCUUAAGGAAACUUAUUUUAUUUUAUUUUU